CCCUGCCCGGUCCCCGUCCCCUCCCGGACCGUGUCCUCAGCCGCCCCCCGGCCCCCUCCCCGUCGCCCCGCUCCCGGUGCCGACCCCAUCAGAACCAUGGAGAGGGCAAGAAGGAGGCGCGGCCGCGCCCGUGGCCCCGGGGAUGCACCGGCCCCGGUCCGGGCCCCGCUCCCGGUCCGGCGGGAGGCGGCGGGGGGGGACGGGGAGGGUGUCCGGCGGGGUCAGGCCGUGGGGAGGCCCGGGCCGGGGGGAGGUCCCGGUGUGGCGGAGGUGGGGGAGCGGUGCCGUUACCCCCGGUGCGCGGCGGGAGCGUGGCGCAAGCGCAUCGCGCCAGGGGGCGCCGCGGGGCCGCUCCGGAGCCGGCGCGUCCACACCGGAGCCGGUAAAACCGGAGCGAGGCGCAGGGCCGGGAGGAGAGCGCCACCGCGCGGCGCGGGGCGGCACCACGGCCCGGGGGGGGCGGGCACGGUCCCGGGGACGGGGGGGCGGCCCCGCCGUUACCCCCCCGCCCCCCGCCGGGUCCCGGUGCGGGGGUUCCCCCGCGGCGACGGAACCCCCGGUGUCACUGGGGCCGCGGAGGGCGAGAAGCGGAAGCGGGAGGCGGCGCUCGGCGCCCCGACACCGAGUGUUCCCCCCCUCCAACGCCGGGGUCCCUCGGACGCCUGGGUCCCUGUCCCCCCCUGCCCGCCUGCGUCCCGCCCCGCACGCCGGGCUGCGGGACCGAAGGGGUUAAGGCGGAGGCGUGACGUGGCCCCGCCGGCCCCGCCCACAGACCGCCCCGCAGGAGCUGUCAGCGGCCCCGGCCCCGCCCCGGCCAUGGCGGGGCUGCUGCAGGCCCUGGUGGGCGCCUCGGAGAAGGCGGCGCACAUCGCCCGGCUGUGCCGCCGCGAGGAGCCCCUCUUCCAGCUGCUGGUGGCCGAGAAGACGGGGGCCGACAGGAACAGGAGGUUCCUGCAGGACUUCAAGACGCUGGCGGACGUGCUCAUCCAGGAGGUCAUCAAGCACGACCUGGGGAAGGAGUUCCCCGAGCUGCAGGGCCACAUCCACGGUGAGGAGUCCAACGAGUUCCAGAAUGGGCAGGGGGAGACGGUGGCGGUGCGGGUCUGCGCCACGCCGGGAGACACCGCAGCCCUGCUGCUCUCCGUGCUGGAGCCCGAGCGGGCGGCUGCCGAGCUGCUGGCGGCCGCCGUGCACCAGGACGUGGCACUGGGGGAUGCGGAGCUGGCCAGCGUGGCGCUCAGCAUCCCCCCCCAGGACCUGGCCAUCUGGAUAGACCCCAUCGCGAAUUCGGCUGUGCCCGCAGACUCCACCAACGAGUACAUCGGCGGGCGCGAGGACGUGGCCCCCGUCGGUGGCAUCGCCCCGGCGGGGCUGUGCUCGGCACUGGUGCUCAUCGGGGCCUACGACCGGCGCACGGGCUGCCCUGUGAUGGGCGUCAUCAACGAGCCCUUCUUCCGCCGGGACCCCCUGACCCGCAGGUGGCAGGGGAGGUACCACUGGGGCGUCGCGUAUGGGGACACGCGGCUGUGCUCGCUGAGCCCCCCGCCCCCGCGCCCCGCGCCCUGCGUGGUGCUGAGCCGGGCGGAGGGGGCGGCGGUGCGGGCGGCCCUGGGACCCCUCUGCGGCGACCGCCUGCGCUUCGCCGCCGGCGCCGGCUACAAGAUGCUCUGCGUCAUCCUGGGACUGGCGGACGCCUACGUCCUCUCCGAGGGCAGCACCUUCGCCUGGGACGCCUGCGCCCCCCACGCCAUCCUGCGGGCCCUGGGCGGGGGCGCGGUGGCCCUGGCGGGGGCCCUGCGGGCGCGGCGGGUGGGCGACGCCGGGCCCCCUCCCGAGCUGGUCUACAACUGCCCAGCGGAGGGGGCGGUGGGGGCCGAGCGCUGGGCAAACCGGGGCGGCCUCGUGGCCUACGCGCACCCCCAGCACCUGGACGCCGUGCUGGCCGCGCUGGCCACCGUGCCGGGGCUCUGAGCCCCCCACGGCCGUGACCCCCGGGUGCAGGGUGAGGGGUGGCGGGGACCCCGGGGUGCUGGGCAUGGGGUGGCAGGGCCCUGGGGGUGCAGGGCAUUGGGCGGCAGGGACUGGGGUGGCCAGGACCCUGAGGUGCAGGGUGAGGGGUGUCCGGGACCCCAGGGGUGCAGGUUGUAGGAUGGCCAGGACCCCUGGGGUCCUACCCCACGGUGUAGGGCACAGGGUCCCCAGGACCCUGGGGUGAAGGGCAUGGGGUCCCCGGGACCCCUUGGGUGCAGGUUGUAGGGUGGCUGGGACCCUGCGGUGCAGGGUGAGGGGUGGCUGGGACCCCUGGGGUGCAGGUUAUGGGGUGGCUGGGACCCUGCGGUGCAGGGUGAGGGGUGGCUGGGACUCCCAGGGUGCAGGCUGUAGGGUGGCCAGGACCCCCGGGAUGCAGGGUGAGGGGUGGCUGGGACCCUGCAGUGCAGGGUGAGGGGUGGCUGGGACCCCCGGGGUGCAGGCAUGGCCUCACCGGGACUUUGGGGUGCCAGGCAUGGGGUAGGUGACCCCUCGGGGUACAGGGGAUGGGUGGCAGGGACCAAGGGGCACAGGGUCCCCGGGACCCCCCGGGCGCAGGGUGCGGGAUGGGGUGGGAGCUCGGGGUCCCCCCCACGUCCCCCCUCGCGGGACCGGCGGCUCCGGCACCAUUAAAGCAUCCUUCGCACCCGCGUGUCUGUGCUGCCCCGGG